AUGGCACAGAGCGCCAAGCUCCAGCCGAGCUUCGAGGACGUUUUUAAUAUCCUAUCCCAGAUCCCACGAGAUAAACUCCUUAGACUCAAAUAUAAACUGAAGCACUUGGUAUUUGGGCCCAGCAGCAAAUUACUGCAAGCCAUGGUCCUGCUUACUCUGGGGCAAGAAGCAGAUGCAAGAAUUUGUUUGGAUGCCAUGGGAGAUAACCGGGCAGCCCAGUACGUCCACCAGACCAAACUGGGCGCUGCAGGGGUGCGGGGAGAUGGGGAGGAUCUGCAGCCUGCCCAGCUGGAUGCAGGUGCCAGGGCGCUUCUGGCACAGAUCUACUCGGUGUUGGCGGAGGAAAAACUGUGCAGUCACGAAGCCAUGGACAAAGCCUUCCAGGCUGCCACCAAAGCCUGCAACAGCAGUGAGGAAACUGAGGAGGACACACUCAACAGCAUCCCAGCUGAGGACCAGGAAAAACACAGCUCUGCUACCAGCACGGGCCCGGGUGACAGAUUUCAGACGCUGCGAUCUGAUAAGGGCGCAGGAUUUCACCAGGCAGCCAGCCCAGACUACGUGGUGAGAAGUUCCCCGGUGCAGGUUGGAGGCAACUCGGACCUUUCAGGCCCACAGACCCUGCGCUCCCUGGGGAGCCCCUCUUUCCCCAGUCGCUUCGAGAUCAGCGCGUCGCCCACGGUUGGUUUUUGCACGCAGCCCUCUUCCCACGAGCGCGUCCCCCGGCCCAGCCGGCUGUGCGAAGGGAGCACCGGCGGUGCUGGGCAGCCCAACGGGGACAGCCAGAGCCACAGCCCGCAGGAAACAAGCUGGGCCAGCAGACCCAGCUCUCAUCCCAGGCAGGACACAGGCGCCCAAGUGCCCCGCCCGGAGGAGGUUCUGCAGCUCAGUUCACGUCAUCCGACUCCCCCCAUUCCUGACGCGCAGCUGCCCGCGCUGCGUGCUGCGAACCAGCCCGAGGAAAGCAGUGAUGUGUCCAGCACAGUGGCAGCAGAACCUCCGGCACCAAAAGAAAACGCAGACAAAAAGCAAGAUGAAAAGCAAUUAUCUACAGAUCUUCCUGAGUCGAGAGUUACCGUGGGUCCUGGUCCUGCCCACAUGUCCAUGGAGGACUCCUGCGUUCCAGCAGGCAUUCCUUCUAACUCUGCAUCUGCUUCCAUUUCAGCCUGUUCUGCUCCUCCUCCUGCCUAUUCCUUCUCCUCAACCUUUCCCUCUCCUCCUCAGGGGCCUCCUUCCAACUCAUCGUACCCCCCUCCCCUCCACUCAUCCCCCUCUCCAGCUUGGCCUCCUCCUCUCCAAGCUGUAGAACCGGUGCCCACAUCAGCGCCAGAUGGUGUCAAGUUCUUCACUUUUGUUGUCCUGCAUGCUAGCGAAGAUGAGAUUGUUGCCCAGCGGGUCAGGGACCUGCUGGAGAACAUGGGGGUUCCCAAUGGUGCCACACUCUGUGAGGACUUCUCCAUUGCCGGCCGCAGCCAUAUGACUUGCUUCCAGGAUGCUAUGGAAAACUCCGCUUUCAUCAUCCUUCUGCUGACCAAGAACUUCCCAUGCAACCUGUGUAUGUUUCAGACAAACACUGUUCUGAUGGAGUCCAUCCUGAAACCAUCCAAGCGCGACUCGGUCAUCCCUUUUGUACCCAAGGAGAACCCCCUGGAGCGGAGUCAGAUUCCCAGCACGCUCGGUGGGCUGACACCCUUGGAUGAGAACUCUCCUGGGUUCUCCCGGACAGUGCGGAACACCUUUACACCCAGCAGGAUCAACGAGAGGAAAGCCAUGUGGGACCUGAUGCAGAAAAAGAAACUACAGCUGCAUCAGGAACGGUAUCAAACACUCCACAACUUAUCUGUUCUGAACCUUGGCUCCCCUCCCCAGGUGCCUCCAUCAGCAGCAUGGCCGCAGCAGCUGGACCAGUCACCCCAACAGUGGUGGCCCCCCACUUCGACUGUCCCUUCUGCCGCACACCCACCUCCUCCCACCAGUCACCCCAUGCCUCCUCAGAUGGGUCCCCCUCCUUUCCAACCACUUCAUCUCCCAUCAAACCACUAUGCCGUGAUGCCAGGUCCCGGAGGCAUCCCGCCUCUCAUCAUCCAGCACGCUCGAAUGGUUCAGAUCGGGAACCACAACGUGAUGCAGGUAGAAACCAUGGCACCAGGUCCGCAGGACAGCGAGGAGGGAACCAGGUAG